AAACGUAGCAUACAUACUGUAAUUCAGUCAAUUUAAUAAGAUCGCUUUUAAUAAUACAAAUGUAUUUAACAGACCAGAUGUUAUGCAGACAUCUGAAGGCGCUUCUGUACGGGGUUUUGUAAAUAUGAGCCACCGCGCGCCCCCUGACGGACUCUGUUGCCUUUAUGAAACAGCAAUAUAAACCGCCCAAUGGCUUCUUUCUGUUGUCAGAUGUGCACCUGACAGAUGUUGCGAACAAUUCCCAUCGACAGAGCAUUAUUUCUCGGCUGUUUUCCCCUUUAAAUUAGCGAACUUCCCUCUUGACGGCAAAGGGAGCGCGCACGAGUGAACGCGCAUCGGGUCUUCAGAUCAAAGAGUGACAUGAGUCUGCUUUAAUCGGCCUUCACUGGACAUUCAGACACUCAGCGGACAUUUAAAGGAUGGAUCUGGACGUCCUGAACAUGUUCUUGAUUGCCGGCGGGACUCUGGCGAUCCCCAUCCUGGCGUUCGUAGCCUCGUUCCUGCUCUGGCCGGCCACGCUUAUUAAAGUUUAUCACUGGUAUUGGCGCAGACGGCUGGGGAUGCAGGUGGAUUAUGCUGAAUAUGAAGGUUAUCGAUUCUGUUACUCUCACAGAGGAAAUCCAGGCUUUCGUCCAUCUGUUUUAAUGCUGCACGGCUUUUCUGCACACAAAGACAUGUGGCUCGGGGUGGUGAAGUUUCUCCCUAAAAAUGUGCACUUGAUAUGUGUGGACAUGCCGGGACAUGAAGGUACAUCACGCACCAGCGCUGUGGAUUAUUCCAUAGAGGGCCAAGUCAAACGCAUUAAUCAGUUUGUGAAGAGCAUUGGACUGAACAAAAAGCCUUUCCAUCUGAUCGGCACAUCUAUGGGUGGAAAUGUAGCAGGAGUUUAUGCAGCUCGUCACCCAUCUGAACUCUGCGGCGUCACACUCAUCUGUCCUGCAGGUCUUCAGUAUCCCACUGAAAGUAAGUUUGUUGAGCGUUUGAGGGAGCUGGAGAAAACGCAGGACAGAGAUGGGAUCCCGCUGAUCCCCUCCACACCCGAGCAGAUGGAGGAGAUGCUCAAACUCUGCUCAUACGUGCGCUUUAAGAUCCCCAAACAGAUACUUCAAGGACUGGUUGACGUUCGCAUCCCAAACAAUGACUUCUACCACGAGUGUUUUAUGGAGCUUGUUGGAGAAAAAUCCCGACACUCUUUACACGAGAACAUGCAUCUCAUUUCAACUCCUCUACAGGUUAUUUGGGGGAAAAAUGACCAGGUUUUAGACGUGUCUGGAGCUUCAGUUUUGUCUGGAGCCGUUCCCGGAUGCCAGGUUCAUCUACUAGACAACUGUGGGCACUCGGUAGUGUUGGAGCGGCCUAGAAAAUCUGCCCAGCUCAUCACAGACUUCAUCAUCGCACAACAGAACGCAGGAAUCAACAGCAACAAGAAACUCUCCUAAAACAGGACGCUAUACCUGCUUAAAACAGGUCUAAGUGGUUGGUUAAAGCUGCAAACAUAAAGGUUGUUCAGGAACAAAUAGGAAAGUUGCCCAAACCUGAUUUCACCAAGUAGGACAUGUUCCUGGAUUAUCAUCUAUGUUGAUCCUGGAACAACAUUCCAGUCAGCCAAUCGGAAUUAAAAGAUACGUUCACAGUU